AUGGAAUACGAUGGACUUGUGAAAGAGUGGGAUGCCUGUGAGUCCAUCCGCAAUCGGCUGCGAGGGGGUGGGUUCUUGGAAGACACAAGUCUCGGCGACGAGCCGAACAACAAGGUAUGCGUGCUCAAUCAGGAUGUGAUCGUUCCACUGCUUGUGCGAAUGGUGCCAGUUAACUUGCAGCUCCCGAUUGUUGAGCAGUUGAGAACUGUAGUUGCGAAGCUCUACGAAGACAACCAGCGCCAAGUUGACGAAAGCCGGGUGGACGACUCAGCAUGGUUUUGUCGCAAGCUGGUUGUGCACGUGAAGCGCAAGGCACAAAAGAAGCUUGUGUCCAUGGAUAUGGACUUUCAAGAGCUUUGCUUGGUGCUGAAGCCGGAGCUACAGGAUCUGGUCGACGGCAUCCGUGCGCAGCAGGCAGAAGACGAUCCUGAAGAUGCUGGUGAUGAGCAGGUGCACUUUUAA